GUCAGUUCUGGCUCGGAGACGCCAAGAGAUCGAAGACCAACGCGAUUUGCGACCUCAUUCCCAAGGACUGCAAGCUGAUUCACAAGGCGCUGGACGGCGACAAAGUCGACUUUGAGUGCCAGGCCCAGGCGCCCUUCCUGAAGGACUCCGCAAACCGCUUGCUCACUGUGAAGUUCACUACCAAGGAGCAAAAGUUUGUCACAAAGGUGACGAAAGCUCAGCUCCGCGU